UUUUGUUUUUUGAAUUGCUGACUAGCUGGCAGCUCUACUAAUUUGUUGCAACACGUGUAGUGAUUACCUUUUUUUUGCAUUAUUAUAUCGUUUGAAUUUUAAGAAUAUCAGGGCAAAAUGGGCAAGCCGAAAAAGGCCAAUGUUGCGACGAUCAAGAAUGUAAACCUGGAGAAGCAGAUCACGGAGGGAAAAGUUGCCAAAAACAAGACCAAGGAUAAGGUCAAGCUGCGGGCCGAGGAAUCGUCGAACAUAGAUGCCAGGAGCAGCCAGAAGAUCCUAGCCGCUGCCAAGCUGCAGCAGUUAGAACUAGACGAAGAGAAUUUUCCCAGCUUGGUGUCCGUUAGGAAAGUCAACUUCAGUUUAAACGACGGCAAUGCUAAAGAAGAUGAAGAAGUUAAUGAGACGGACUUUAUGGCCGAUCUGGACAUGGAUGACGACGAUGUGGCUGCCUUUGAGCGCUUUCAGCAACCAGCGCAGGAGGGCAAGCGCACGUUGCAUCUCUCCAAGAUGAUCAUGCAAAAGAUCCAAGAAAAGGAGGCCGACAUACACACCAAGAUCUCUGACGAAGGUUCGCUGAAGAUCGAAGAGAUCGACCCAAAGGUGAAGGAGAUGUACGAGGGUGUACGAGAUGUGUUAAAACGCUAUCGCAGUGGGAAGAUCCCCAAAGCUUUCAAGAUCAUACCAAAGCUACGAAACUGGGAGCAGAUUCUUUUCAUCACCGAACCUCAUAAUUGGAGCGCUGCUGCCAUGUUCCAGGGAACCCGAAUCUUCUGCUCGGUACUGUCCCAAGCGAUGGCCCAGAGAUUCUAUAAUCUAGUGCUACUUCCACGUGUUCGUGACGAUCUCUGCGAAUAUAAGAAGCUGAAUAUGCAUCUGUACAAUGCACUGAAGAGGGCUCUCUUUAAGCCGGCUGCCUUUAUGAAAGGCAUCAUCCUCCCGCUGCUGGAGGGCGGCGAUUGUACGCUGCGCGAGGCCAUAAUCUUUGGCAGCGUGGUUGCCCGAAGCUCUAUUCCCGUCUUGCACUCUUCCGCCUGCCUGCUAAAAAUAUGCGAAAUGGCUUACUCAGGCGCCAAUUCCAUUUUUAUACGCUACUUCCUCGAUAAACGGUAUGCUCUGCCCUAUCGCGUCGUGGAUGCCGCCGUCUUUCACUUUUUGAGAUUUGAGAACGAUAAGCGAGAAUUACCAGUACUAUGGCAUCAGAGCCUGCUCACCUUUGCCCAGCGCUACAAGAACGAUAUAUCAUCCGAGCAGAGGGAUGCACUGCUCCAGCUCCUGAAGAAAAAGAGCCAUUUUAAGAUCACACCCGAUGUAAGGAGGGAACUACAGGCGGCAAGCUGUCGUGAUGUGGAGAUGAUGGAGACAGAUAAUGGUUUGGCUGGGCAACCAGCCAAGAUGUAUACAGAUGCCGAUGUAGAAUACGAGGGCUGAGAAAGGAUUGGCGUAGAUUACAUUUAAGAUAAAAUUGUUUUACUAUUUAAUAACUCGAUAGUCUAUAUAUAAAUGUAUGUAAAUAUACCUACAUAUGCAGUUAAAAUCUAA